AUGAGCAACGACAAACCUUUUACCAGCUUCAAGGCUCUCUCCUUUGAUUGUUAUGGCACUCUUAUAAAUUGGGAGGGCGGACUGGAGCAAGCCCUGGAGCCAAUUGUGUCUCAGCUACCUUCAGACCAUGCACACUCCAAGAACCCCAAUCUCGCAGUCCAGCGCUUCAACGACCUCUCCGAUGAGAUUCAGGAAGAACAGCCCAAGCUGCGCUACGACAUCAACCUCGCGACAGCCGCAAAGAAACUGGCUGCCGAGCUCGGCGUGUCUAUCCCGGAGUCAGUAGCUGAAGCAGUGGGCGCAGGGCCGCGCAAAUGGUCCGCCUUCCCAGACACGGUGGCUGGCCUGGAGAUUCUCAAGAAUCACUUCAAGUUGAUCAUUCUGAGCAACGUCAACAAUGAAAAUAUCAAAGCGACAGUGGCGGACAAUCUAGCGCCCGUGGAAUUCGACGCUAUCUAUACGGCCGAGAAUAUUGGUAGUUACAAGCCAAGCCAUAAUAACUUUCAGUACCUGUUCGAGCAUGCAAAGAAGGAGCUUGACAUCGAUUUCGAGAAGGGUGACUUGCUACACGUUGCAAGAAGUUUGACCGCGGAUCACGUCCCAGCGAAGGAGAUAGGACUAAGGAGCGUAUGGAUCGCUCGUGGAGGCGACAAGAAGGAGGGCUAUGGCGUGGGUGGUAACUACGAGGAACUACUGGCCAAAGGGAAGGUGGGAUUCGAGUGGAAAUUUGACACCAUCGGGGACUUUGCAAAGGAGGUAGCGAGGCAAUUCGGGGAUGCAUGA